CGAUUCUCACCUCAACCACCCAAUCGAACCAUCCCCCUCCAACUGCCAACCAUUACGUCCUUCAGAAACCCCCUUCGGGCCCUCUCGGCCGUCAUCAACAUGCUCCCCAUCACCAUCCGCUCCCCGCCGUCCCUCGACGACUUUACGCCCCUCGAAGAAUACGAAUCCCGCACUCCCGAGUCCUUCUUCGACGGCAAACCCGUGCUCCACCGUCAUCUGACCUCUGUGAAGGCGUGGAUUCCCAAGGCCCAUGCGCAAUCCCUUCCCAUCUUCACCGUCAAUCCGUCCAGCCUCACCCCCGCCUCAGCCCCGGCCGGCGCCUCCCUGCAAGAUGAUGCGGCCGAGGAAAUGGUAGAGCAGACCGUCGACAUUUUUGUCCAUUCCAAAAACCUCACAAUCUUCAACCCUUCCGCAGCUGUGGGAGUAGAGAUCCCGUACCCCGCCAUCUCCAUCCACGCCAUCAAGUCAGCCGGCACCCUCGCCUCAGGAUCUCCCUUGCAAGCAAUCUGGAUGCAGCUCGCCCUGGUCGACAACGGCGGCAGCGACGAAGACGAGACGUCCAUAGACCUCACCGUCCUCCCACCGGUAGACGCAGACGCAGACGCAGACGCAGUCCAGGCCCUAUACGACGCCAUCUCGGCCUGUUCCGACCUGCACCCCGACCCGGUCGACGACGAAGAGGACGAAGACGACGACGACGACGACGACGACAGGAUCAUAUUCGACGGCGACCACGAACCCAUGGAAGGCUUCACGGGCGUGCUGCGCGGGAACGCCACGGGGGGUCUCCCGCCUCCGUUUCCUGGCAGUUCGGGCUGGAUCACCGCGGAGAACCUGCAUGAGUACUUCGACUCCGAGGGGAACUGGGUUGGCGAUGGAAAUGACAGGGACAGGGACGGGCAGGGGGAAGGUGUUGGCGGGGAGCUGGGCGAGGGUGCUGGGAGAGUUCGGGGACGCGAUGAGGCGAAUGGUGCGGAUGACGAUGGGCAAGGUGUGGAUUCCGAGAAUAAGCGGCCCAGGGUGGAUGAUGGGGCACCGUCAUGAGGUGUCUACAUCUCCGUGUUCUUGGCUGGUUCGAUUGUGUCCGGAGAUGGUGAUAUGAUCAUCUUUGGCAAGGAUUCGGACAACCGUCUAG